CGCUGCUCGGUGUUCACUCCUGCUCGGCAAUCCCAUGGCGAUGGCGGGAACCAAUUCCCUCCACAGCCUUCUCGUUUCGUCUCCUCGAACCAAUCCAGCUGCCUUACAUUUCCAAAUUUCUCGUUUCUCCUCUAAUGGCGCUCUAUUGCGUACCAGUUCUCUUGCUUUGAAUCGCAAACGCCGAAUUUCUUGGCGCAUUAUAGCCUGCGGAUUGCCCAAUAAGAAAGAUGACGGUGGAGGGAUAAACGAAUCUAUCGGUGUUUCGGGUUCGGGAAACGAGGUGUUCAAGGCUUUGUCGAAUUUCGCAAAUAAUAAUUUUCUUCCUCUAGCACUUGUCUCUAGUGUAAUAGCAGGAAUUGCAAAUCCAAGCCUUGGCUGUCUUGCUGAUAAGUAUUAUCUCUCAAAGUUUAGCACAUUUGGGAUAUUUGUCAUCUCAGGAUUGACAUUGCGUACUUCAGAAGUUAGUGAUUCAGUGGAGGCAUGGCCUGUUGCAGUCUAUGGGCUUGCUUCGAUUCUUUUGCUUACUCCAUACUUUUCCAGGCUGAUAUUACAAAUUCAUCUUCAACCUCAAGAAUUUGUAACAGGAUUAGCAAUAUUUACCUGCAUGCCUACUACAUUAUCAAGUGGCGUGGCACUAACACAGCUUGCUGGUGGAAAUUCUGCACUUGCUCUGACCAUGACAGUGAUAUCAAAUAUGUUGGGAAUACUGGCUGUAAGUUUUUUUUUUUUUUUNUUUAUAGCUGAUGGAGUUGGUAUCACUGUGCCAACGAAGGAGUUACUCAGAAGUCUUGUUCUUAUGCUGCUAAUUCCUCUCAUUUUUGGGAAGAUCUUGAGAGAGUCAUUCAAAGGAGUGGCGGACUUUGUUGAUGGAAAUCGUAAACUUUUUCCAAGGAUCAAUGCAAUUCUUCUCAGUCUUGUGCCAUGGAUGCAAGUGAGCAGAUCAAGGUCGCUACUUCUGAUGGUCAAGCCUGAAGUAUUUCUUGUAGCCAUAGGAAUGGGCACAUUAUUGCAUCUCGCCUUAUUAGCCUUUAAUGCUCUUGGUGUACGAAUCCUAGCAGCCUUUUCUGGUGGCGACGAAUCUGUUUUCUCGAGGAGACGAAAUGUCAGUGCCGUUGUGCUUGUGGCAAGUCAGAAAACUCUGCCUGUGAUGGUGGCAGUCGUAGAACAGCUCCACGGCGCGCUUGGCGUGUCCGGUUUGCUGGUUCUUCCAUGCGUGGCAGCGCAUAUAAUCCAGAUUAUCAUCGACUCCUUUCUCGUUAAUUUCUGGUUUCGUUCGAACGACUCAUCAAAUAAUACAAAGGUAACCUGAUUGAUACAAGGAGUUUGUUUGUUAGAUAUGUGUUAUUGCACAUUUAUUCUCCUUAUUCCUUCAAAGUUCCUCGUGUGUUAUAGGUGUAAUGACUUUUUGAGUGAGUAAAUAAUGUGUAAUAGGAAAUUAUGGCGCUAUGUAUGGUUAUUUUAUAGGGUGUUAGGGACAUCUCCCGAAAUUAAUACACUAUUAAAGUCACUUUUUUACGA